UUAAAAGACUCCAAAUCCAUGUAAGGGCCUGGUUGCGGUGGCUCUUCCUGCCACAACAUGGACACAUCCAAAUUUCUUUUAACAUGUGCGCUGCUCUGUACGGUCACUGAAGUGCUUUCAAAUGUCCUUGAUGAUUACACUAAAACUGAUGGGGCCUGGGUGGUCACUAUUGUCAAACGAGCAUAUUCAGUGAACACGGCAGCCGAGUGUGCAGUGAAAUGUAAUGCAGAAACAGCCUUCCAAUGCAGGGCCUUUGUUUACAUAGAAAAGGAUCAGGACUGUGUGACGGUUCCAGCAAACUCAAAGAUGGAGUUGCUGCUGCGGAGGAUGAGCUCAGCAUUUUAUGAAAAGAAAGAGUUUUUAAAAGAAUGCAUCACUGGUAAUGGGAGUAGCUACAGGGGAACAAAAUCCAGAACCAAAUCAGGAAAAACAUGCCAGCGAUGGGCCUCCAAAUCUCCCCAUGUACCCAACAUGACUCCAGAGAAAUACCCUAAUGCUGACCUGGAGUCCAACUACUGCAGAAAUCCAGACAAUGAUGCUGGUGGACCCUGGUGCUACACCACGGAUCCACAGACGAGAUGGGAGUCCUGUAACAUUGAAGACUGCACUGUGGAGUGCAUGCACUGCAGUGGGGAAGACUACAGAGGCAAGAUCUCAGUAACAGAGGGUGGCUAUACCUGUCAGCGUUGGGAUUCCCAAAAGCCACAAAACCAUGGCUACCUUCCCUCUGCACUUCCUGAUAAAUACCUAGAGGAGAACUACUGCAGGAACCCAGACGGGGAGCCAAAGCCCUGGUGUUUCACCACUGACCCCAAAAAGCGCUGGGACUUCUGUAACAUCCCUCGAUGUACCUCUGAGCCCCCAACUAUAGUGCCAGAGCUCACUUGUGCUACUGGCGAUGGCAGCGCUUAUCGAGGACUAGCAUCCGUGACAAUAUCAGGGAAGGCUUGUCAGAUGUGGUCUUCGCAGUUUCCACAUAAACACUCUCGAACUCCAGAUAACUACCCAUGCAAAGGCCUUGAAGGAAACUACUGCAGAAAUCCUGACAGUGAGAGAAGUCCCUGGUGCUACACAACAGACUCUGAAACUAGAUGGGAGUACUGCAAGGUGCCCAGCUGUGGAAAUCAACCAGGACCUGAGGAGCCUGUUAUCCCUGAAAUGGAGGACUGCUACACUGGUGAUGGGAGCUCAUACAGGGGGGCCAUGUCAGAGACAAUUAGUGGGAAAAAAUGCCAGAUCUGGUCAUCCAUGGAUCCUCAUCGCCAUCAAAAGACACCACAGGACUUUCCCCAAGCAGACCUGCGGAGGAACCUGUGUAGGAACCCAGAUGGUGACCGUGCUCCCUGGUGCUACACCACUGACCCCUCGACUCGCUGGGAGUACUGCAAACUGGAGAAGUGCACUACCACCAAACCAACAGAGAAACCAGUGUUGGGCCCCAAACCUGUCCCAGGCCCCAAGCCCCCCGGCCCAUUGGCCACCAUUGCUCCAACUGCAGAAGACUGCAAGGUUGAAAACGGGGUGACCUACAGGGGUCCUACAUCUAAGACUAUAAUGGGUGUCACCUGCCAAGCCUGGCGCUCCAUGACACCCCAUCAGCAUGCCAGCUUCACUCCUGAAUCACACCCUGAUAAAGGUUUAGAGGGAAAUCAAUGCAGGAACCCAGACAAUGAUGUGAAUGGGCCCUGGUGCUACACCACAGAUAGAACCAAGAAGUGGGACUACUGCCAGAUUCCAGACUGCUCUGAACAGAAAUGUGGACAACCUCGUGUAAAGCCCAUGCGAUGCUUUGGACGUAUUGUGGGAGGCUGCGUGUCCAAACCUCACUCCUGGCCAUGGCAAAUCAGUUUACGAACCAGCUCUGGAAUUCACUUCUGUGGAGGAACACUGAUAGAUGCCCAGUGGGUCCUCACGGCUGCCCAUUGUCUAGAGAGGUCUAAACGGCCAUCUGCUUACAAGAUAUUUCUAGGAACCCACACAGAGAGAGGGACUGAACCAUCCAAGCAAGCGAGGGAUGUUGAGAAACUGAUUCUUGAGCCAACCGGAAAAGACAUUGCUCUUCUCAAGCUUUCAACGCCCGCUGUCUUAAAUGAUAAGGUUUUGCCAGCAUGCUUACCAGACAAGGAUUACAUUGUUCCAGGCAACACAGAAUGCUAUGUGACCGGAUGGGGAGAGACACAAGGAACGGGUGGAGAGGGGAAACUGAAAGAAACAGGAUUUCCAGUCAUUGAAAAUAAGAUUUGUAACCGACCUGCAUAUCUAAACGGGAGGGUGAAGGACCAUGAAAUGUGCGCUGGGAACAUUGAGGGAGGCACAGACAGUUGUCAGGGGGACAGUGGAGGACCACUUGUCUGCCACUCUCAGAACACCUUCAUCCUCCAAGGGGUCACAUCAUGGGGCCUUGGCUGCGCUAAUCCAAUGAAACCAGGGGUGUAUGCCAGAGUGUCCAAAUUUACUGACUGGAUUAAUAGUGAAAUGAAAAAGAACUAGUUAAGUUUAAGUAUAAAUGUAUUUUUUUGAUGAAAUGCUGUUCUGCUGAAAUACCCUAGUGUCACUUAUGUCUGUACUUGUAUUGUGUAGGGAGUAACAACCAAGGCUGUUACAUUAUUUCUGUGCAAGGGACUGCCACCUUAAUGUUAAUUUUAAGAGAAUAUAUGAUAUUUUGGUAACAUUUUACGGCAAGGGUACAUGAAUGAAUUCAUGCAUGAUAUCUUUAGGUUGAAACUGAAACAACUGAAAAAUACAUUAUAUUCAAUGGAUAGAAUGAACUGUGAGAAUGAAGGUAAUCCUCUGUACUCUUGUGUCAGAAUAGAAUUUUACUAUUUUAAUAAAUGUUUCAAAAUCA